CCAUAUUAUGGCGGCCAUCGAGAAGGAGUCUCCAAAGCAUCUGGACGGAGAGCGCUCAGAGGUCUCUCUGUAUCUUCUUCCAAGGCUUCUCUCUUUUGACGCAUUCGUUUCGGUGGUGCUCGCGCUUCCACCGCGUGCGCCGCGUGCCAAGCCCGAGUUACGACCGCACCGACACCGAUAAACGCACACAAAAAAACCCUGCCUCCUCUCCAUCGUCCUCCUUUCUGAACUCCCCUCGUUUGCUCUUCUUGAUUCUUGAAACUUGGAUGGCGACUGCGACGGAGAUUGGUAGUUUGGCGGCACGAAUCCGGCCGUCGUCGGGCGGCGACCAGGCCGGCCUUGCGUCCUCACGACGGAGUCUUGACCGGUCGCUCCUCCGAGCCGGAACGGUUUGCCGGGCUCCGCAGCCCGCCCGCUGGGGUCUUGUGGUGAGAUCCUUGAAGGCUACUGAAAGGAGCGGGCGCGCGGUGGAUGUUGUUGGCACGUCCAAUGGCCCCGUUAGCUCUGAGAUUUCGAACUCCUCUUUUGCCCUUCCAUCUACUGAGCAUAGCUUGGAGGAGACAAGGGUGGUGUCGAAUCCAAGAAGGAAGACAAAGAUAGUGUGCACAAUUGGUCCUUCCACGAAUACGCGAGAAAUGAUAUGGAAAUUAGCAGAAGCGGGAAUGAACGUUGCACGACUAAACAUGUCUCAUGGAGAUCAUGAAUCACACCAAAAGAUUAUCGAUCUGGUGAAGGAGUACAAUGCACAGUCCAAAGGCAAUGUUAUUGCCAUAAUGCUGGACACCAAG